CUUACCUGAGACAGACAGAGAGCACUUCCUGCACCAGCGUUACCCCCCCCCCUCCUCCUCCUUUUCUCCUCCUCCACAUACCGCUAGUUACCUGCUGAGGACAGACAGCAUGGGCAGCAGUAGGAGCGAUAGCAGUAGCAGUCUCCAAUCACAUGUAAUUCUACUGCUUCUCUGACUUGCUUGCCUCUUUCCAGAGAGAGAGAAAGUGAGACACACAGAGAGAGAGAGAGAGAGAGAAAGAGAGAUAGAGAGAUAGAGAGAAAAAAAGAAAAAGAAUUUGGAGCCAUUGUCCCCUUGGAGAAAAAAGAGAGACCGGGGGAAACGAGGGAGCACUGUUAAACGAGAGGAGCAGUGAGAAGGAGAAGUCAUAGGAUGAUUUUGGGAGGUAUAAACCGUGCGGGGCGAUGCCUGCAUUCCUGCGGACCCCACUAUGAUCCAGCCUCACCUGGAUAUGAAGCCCUUCCUGCAGUUCCCUAUGGACACAGCUCCACACAACACAGCAUGGGCUUGUUUCACAACUUCAACACCGUGAGUAGUAUAUACAAAACCAUGGACCCGGUUCAGAAGGCGGUGAUUAACCAUACCUUUGGCGUUCCGCUGGUGAAGACGAAGAGGCCCAUCAUCUCCUGUAACGUCUGCCAGAUACGCUUCAACUCUGAGAGCCAGGCAGAAGCCCACUACAAAGGCAACCGCCACGCCCGGAGAGUCAAAGGCAUCGAGACCUCCAAGAGUCGCCCCCAGGAGGGUGACAAGCCSGCCCCACCUGUCCCCCCCUCCCCGUCCGACCCCGGUGGACCCCAUACAGCCACCUCGGACAUCAGCGACCCCUGCAACGCAGACGAACCGCGCCCUCUGCCGUCACAGUUUAAUGGGGGACCUCUGCUGGCCCUGCCUCCCCUCUCCACCUCUCCCACCACCGACUCCCCCCUUGCCCCCUCUGUGUGUCCCAUGCUGACCUCCCCCACCCUCACUCCUCCUCCUCUGCUCCCCCAAUCCUCUGACUCUCCCCUGAAUUUCGGCACCACCAACCCAGACCAGAGUGGUGGUCCAGUGGCCCCUGUGGCUCCCGGGGCCCCGGCCGGCCCAGAGACAGAAGAGGACAAAGCUAAGAAACUCCUCUACUGCUCACUCUGCAAAGUAGCCGUCAACUCCCUUUCACAGCUGGAGGCUCACAACAAAGGUACCAAACACAAAACUAUCCUGGAGGCUCGCAGUGGGCUGGGUCCCAUUAAGGCGUACCCUCGACUGGGCCCCAAACUCCCGGGGGAGCUGGGAGGGGGGCCGCUGGACCCCAACACUCAGGAACGCACCUUCCACUGUGAGAUUUGCAACGUGCGUGUCAACUCUGAACUGCAGCUCAAGCAGCACAUAUCUAGUCGAAGGCACCGGGACGGAGUGGCAGGGAAACCCAACCCACUCCUCAGCCGACACAAGAAGCACAGGGGAGCUGACCUCACGUCCUCUCUGACCUUCUCUAAGGAUCUCUCCAAAUGUUUGGGCGCUGGGCUCUUGCCCAGUCCCCUGGCGGUCGCCGCAGCGAUGGCCGCCGCCGCUUCCUCAAACCACCAAUUGGCUCAGCUUCGCGCCGCAGCGUCUUCCGUCCACCACCCCUCACAUCACCACCACCACCACCUAUUACAGGGCCCGCCUCUCAGCCACGCCAUCCUAAGACCCGCCCCCGGACCCAUGCGUACCUCCCACGGGCCAAUCCUCUUCUCUCCUUACUGACUCCACCCCCCUCCACCUCGGCCAGUCAGGAGCAGCCACUCCAAAAGCACACUGUGAAGAAAAUAAUCAACAUAAACGACAAACAGCAAUUGAUAGGUUAAACAAAUCAUCGGUGAACAAAUCAAACGUAAAAAACAUCUAGAGGAGUAGAAAAGAAAGGGAAGAGGGCACCCUGACCUGAAACUCUCCCUCCAUCUCAUAGACGUGUGAUGACUGCGAGUGAUCGACUGAUGGAGAGAG